AUGCAUGCGGCUGACGGCAUGGCGGGACAGGCGAGAUCAAGCUCUACUGCGCGUUCUUGCCAUGGUACCCUCGCAUGACGAGAUGUCGCAAACAUGGACGCCACAGCGCAACGACACGGGGGAGAAAAUGUCACGAGAAGCUCAACUUCCAAGUCGGUGGCAUCGAUUGCAGGCAAUCUACGGCAAGCAGAAUUACAUGAAAACCCUCCCGAUUCCGGACUAUCUCCACGGUCCGCACGACAACAAGCACCUAAAACUCUUGCGGCGCUACUAUCGUGAUCUGAGUACGAAUGGACGAAAAGGCUUCAUCAACAGCGCCGUUUGGAUCACAGGCGCCGAUGGCACCGUAUCUCCAGAGAUCAGCGACAAAACCAUUACGGAAGACCUCGACAUCUUCCAGCAGAAGCUUUGCGACUCUGCACACUUUCAGUCAACAAUCUGUUGCUUGAAUGCUAGAAUGACUGCGGUCCCAAUGAGCUGGAACGUCAAUAUCAGGACCCCAAAACACAUGGAGUCUAUCAUCACGAUGGAAGCAGUCUUGCUUGAAAUGUUCAGGACGUACUGGCCAAACUCGGAUGAUCUGAUCGAGAAGGCUUUGGCUCAAAUGCAACAGCCCUGUGUUUCAACGUGGCAGCCUCGAUAUCCCUCACAAUCGCCUACUCCGGUCGACGACAAUCCAUACAUGGAGUGCCGGUGGCUCCAUCGGGCUCCGGCUCUCGAAAAGCUGUUCGGAUCCUACGACUGGAGCUUGUACAUCAACGAACCCUUUGCAGAACGGCCCGUGAUGGACACAAUCAGGGCCAUCGACAUGACGGCCGAAGGUUCUGGCAAUUGCCGAAUCAUUGUCAUCACAUCGUCGGACCACGCACUGACCGCUGUGAUGCGACAGUACCAGCUUGCGAUUGAUGGCAGCUGUCCACAAGAUGUUCUCGACUAUCAAGGAUACCACCUGUUGCGUGCUGUGCUCAACGUCGCCAAAGUCGAUCUCGCAGCAUACAUCAGUGAGACCACGAAACGUGUCAACGAAAUUGAUAUGAUGUGUAGGCGGGAUUCGUCCACCUCCAUCGUGCAAUAUCUGCUGCACAUGCGAGAGUGUCACAAUCAGUGUGUCGAAGCCUGCAAAGAUAACGUGUCCAUAGCUCUUCGCCUCCGCGAUGAGAUACACCUGCCAGGAGGCCCACACUUGGAGACCAUCCGCAACGGUCUACAAGCCCUCGCCUUGGACCUUGGCUAUCUCUCUGAUGAGCUGAAGAGCAGUAUGAAGAAAGUUGACGACGUUAAGAAGCUUGCAGUCGACCAGAUGGAGAUUUUCGACAAGCGUCGGAAUAAGGUCAUUGGGACAUUGAUUGCGGUGUACGUACCGCUGGCAUUUGCAACGCAAGGAGCGAACAACUGGAAGUCGCCAUACCAUACACCAGCGCGUGGUACACUGGAUCUAACGACACCGCAAAUUCGACCUCGAUGA